CCAAAAAAACCUUGUAGUAGUUAAUUCACCGAAAUUAUCACCAAAAUAAGUGACCAAAUAAUCGGUAAAUAAAAUUUAAACAAAAAUAAUGAUUGCAUUGACUGACUGACUGACAACACACGUGACUCUCCAAUAGUGUCAACACAUAUGUGUGAUAAACAUGUGUUCAAAACAUUGCUUCAAAAAUAUCAAUAGUUGUGUAAACGUUAUGUAGUUUUGUAUUGACUAUCACUUUAAGAUUUGGUCACCACUGAAGAAGAAGAAGACUAUGUUUACCUUUGAUUUAAUCAAACAGUUGUCUGUAGACAACUGUGAUAUGAUAUUUGACACACAAUUUCAUCCGACCAAACAUAAUAUACUGGCCAUCAGUACCAUUGAAGGACACGUCAAAUUAUAUGACACGACUGUGGACACCAACAAUGUGAUAAUGGAUCUGAAAAAACAUCAUAAGGGAAGUCCGGUUCGCAAAAUUCGGUUUAAAGACAAUGGACAACUAUUGGUUAGUUGCGCAAAAAGUAUUAAGAUAAUGGACUUGAAUACGGGACAAGUGGUCAGGAAAAUAGAUAAUUGCGGUGAAAAAAUCUCUUCGCUGUUGAUUGUCGACGACUAUCUGUUGUGUUGUGGCGACGAUUCGGGUGCUUUCAAAGUCUUUGACUAUCGGAUAGAUCGGGGAAUAUAUAUGGAGUCCAAUGAAUGUCAAGAAUAUAUCAGCGAUUUAGAUAUUAAUGAAGCGAAGCGGACAGUUGUGGCCGCUUCGGGUGAGGGAACACUAACGGCGUUCAAUAUACGGGCCAAACGUAUGGAACUUCAGUCGGAACUGUUUGACGCCGGCUUUCAAUCGAUUCGGUUUAUGGAAGCCAAAGGCCGAGUAGUGGUCGGCGCAGAGGACGGAGCUAUCAAUAUAUUUAAUGUUAACGAAUGGGGAAACAUUAGCGACAGGUUUCCCAUUAGGGGACAGACUACCCGAGCACAAGGAUUGUGUAGUAUUGAUAAUAUUGAACUUAUUGAUGACGAAACAGUUGUCGUCGGUUCGUCUGAUGGAAAGUUACGACUGGUCAGUAUAUUACCGAACAAAGAAUUGGCCGAAAUUACAACCGGCGAGUCGGGUAUUGAGAGUCUCGAUGUCAACCAAAUAAGUAAACAAAUUGUGGCCACAAAUGACAAUAUCAUCAAAUUAUUUAGUUAUAAUGAAAUCGACAAAAAAGAUAAACGAAAUCAUAAAUCAGGUUUUUUUGGAGGACUCGAUGUUUAG